UAGCGGAAGUGGCAUCUCCCCUUUUCGCCCAAAUCAGCUGACCCUUAAGAAGGUUAUUUCAGGAUUGGUGCUUAUUAAAAAUUUUACACAUAAAAGAGUUUCGACCGGUAUUAAGUAACAUAUUACUUUUUAAUUAAUCUUAAAUAUUGGUGAUUAAUUAAAAAACAAUAAUGUCAACUUUGCGAAUCGGAGUUAGUCGAGGAAUUGCAGCAGGCAUUGGAUCCCGCACUAUUAAGAGCAAUACGUUACCUGCAUAUCGAUCAAUUGGUGCACAGUGCAGACGUUAUGCCUCACAGGUUAAUCCUAAACGGAAUGGUACAAGCACUUUUAAGUUGGCACUUAUUGGUGCAGGUAUUGGCGCCGCUUCGGGUACAGCAUAUUCUGUAUAUGGGAAUUGGAAAGACAAAAGUUCGCACAUGGAACACCAGCGUAUUCCACCCAAAGUUCUCAAAGAACUACCAGAUGUUAGAAUAACAAAGCGUUACAUUAACCCCAACGAUAAGUCCAAUUUAAACAUAAUACUUUUCCAAUACCAAACGUGUCCAUUCUGUUGUAAAGUGCGCGCUUUUCUUGAUUACAUGGGUAUAUCGUAUUCUGUGGUCGAGGUUGAUGCGGUAUUGCGACAAGAUAUAAAAUGGUCCGAGCAAAAGAAAGUUCCCAUGAUUUUGGUUCAACAAGGCGAUGGACGUUACAUACAAAUGACGGACUCCAGUGCAAUUAUCUCUCUCUUGGCAUCAUAUUUAAAUGACAAGGAUAUUGAUAUAGGCGAUUUAGCCAAAUUUUAUCCCAUGAUAUCGUAUUUCGAUGACAAUGACAAGAAGCGUCUGGACAUAAUGAAUAAAUAUUUCCUUAUGUACCAAGAUAAAACACCAAAACAUAUAACUCAAGAUAUACAAGAGAAUGAACGGAAAUGGCGUACGUGGGCCGAUUCACACCUUGUACAUCUUAUCUCACCCAAUUGUUACCGUACUUUAGGCGAAGCACGUGAAACAUUUGAGUGGUUUUCGAAGGCCGGUGAAUGGGACAUUUACUUCCCCAAAUGGGAACGUGAUUUAAUGGUGAAUGUGGGCGCUUUUGCUAUGUGGGGUAUAAGUAAAAUGCUAAAACGUCGUCAUGGACUAUCAGACGAUGUACGCUCGCAUAUUUAUGAUGCACUUGAUAAGUGGACCAGAGAAGUUGAAAAGCGGCAAAAGAAAUUCAUGGGAGGUGACCGUCCAAAUUUAGCGGAUCUAUCAGUUUUUGGUGUACUUAAUAGCAUGGAAGGUUGUGAAGCAUUCGGUGACUGCAUGAAAAAUACAAAAAUUGGUGUAUGGUACAAUAAUGUAAAGGAACUAGUCGAUCGGAAUCGCGGCGAUUUAGUGAGACGAACAGAGUUGGUUCCGCUUACCGCUUAACGAUCCAAAGAAUAUUUUAAACUUUAUAUAAUAUAUUUAUUGAAAUUAACGAAGUGAUUAAAUAUAAUUUAAAAGCUUUAAUAAAUUAUUAAAUAAUAA